GCGUUCUUGAAGAAAGCCGGCGACGACGUCUGUCAUUAUUCUCGCUUUUCUUCUUCCGCGUCAAAUCAACGACAUCCACGAUGCUUCGCCUCAUGCCGCGGGAGCGGUCGCGUUCCGAAGGCGCGUCAGCGCCCGUCCGAACGUUGCGCCGGUGCGCAUCGCUCGACCUACGCCUCUGCUGCGUCUCGGCCUGUCGCCGGUACGCCAAAGAAGCCGACGUCUGCCUCCUCCACAACCGCGAGCGCACAACCCUCCGCCUCGCGCUCGAGCCCGUGCGCGAGAUUCACCAUGGCGCAACGGCAGCCAUCUCGACACCGCACGCGCAGCGUGACGCCUUCUCGUGGGCCGAACCGUCCAUGCAUCCCACGCGCGCCAAGGACACGUCGCGCCAGCUCGACGAGAUCGCGCCCAACCGCAACGCGCGGUGCCGGGUCGCGUCGUGCACGUCGUAUGCGCGCAACGGUGGCUGCUGCACGCGCCAUGGCGGCGGGCGCAAGUGCCUCAUGGAACACUGCACGACGCCAUCUCAAACCGGCGGACUGUGCCGGCUCCACGGCGGCGGCACGCGCUGCAAGCUCGAAGGCUGCACGAAAUUUGCUCGUGUGCGCGGCCUCUGCUCGGUGCACUUCCGCUUCGCCGACGUCCAGGGCAUGUGAAACGCAAGGCGCGACGGACAACAUCGCCGUAGGUCGUCGCCGCGUAUUUAAUCUUAUAUAUACUAUAUACCGCGCGCAAGAAACCUUCGUGUAAUCGGUAUAAGGUGCACGGG